CAAGGGGGAAACGAGGGGCGCACGCACACACGCACGCACACGCACGCACACAGAGCAGGGUUAUGCCGAGGCGGAGAGCGGCGUCAUGACGCUGGACAACAUGCCGGAGGAGUCGGCCGCUCUCCCGGCGCACCUGUCGGUGGAUCGAUACGAGCGCGGCGGCGCGGGAUGCUGCGAGCGGCUGGUCAUCAACAUCUCCGGACUGCGCUUCGAGACCCAGCUGAAAACUUUGAACCAGUUCCCCAACACGCUCCUGGGGGACCCCAGGAAGAGGAUGCGCUACUUUGACCCGCUGAGGAACGAGUACUUCUUCGACAGAAACCGACCCAGCUUCGACGCCAUCCUGUAUUACUACCAGUCCGGGGGUCGCAUACGGAGACCCGUCAACGUGCCCAUCGACGUCUUCUCCGAGGAGAUCCGGUUCUACCAGCUCGGGGAGGAGGCGAUGGAGAAAUUCCGCGAGGACGAAGGCUUCAUCAAGGAAGAGGAGCGUCUACUGCCCAGCAAUGACUUCCAGAAGCAGGUCUGGCUCUUGUUUGAGUACCCGGAAAGCUCCGGGCCGGCCAGGGGGAUCGCGAUUGUGUCGGUGCUCGUUAUUUUGAUAUCGAUCGUCAUAUUCUGCCUGGAGACUUUACCCGAGUUCCGAGACGACAGGGAGCACGCCACGGUGGCGCCCGUCACCAACGGCACGACCCCCCUGCACGUCCCGGGUCCAUUCACGGACCCCUUCUUCGUGAUAGAGACCCUGUGCAUCAUAUGGUUCUCCUUCGAGCUGCUCGUCAGGUUUUUCGCCUGCCCGAGCAAAACUUUGUUCUCCAAGAACAUCAUGAACGUCAUCGACAUCGUCGCUAUCAUCCCCUACUUCAUCACCCUGGGCACCGAGCUGGCCGAGAGACAAACCAACGGCGGACAGCAGGCCAUGUCUCUGGCCAUACUCCGGGUGAUAAGGCUGGUGAGGGUGUUCCGCAUCUUCAAGCUGUCGCGCCACUCCAAGGGACUCCAGAUCCUGGGGCAGACCCUCAAGGCGAGCAUGAGGGAGCUGGGCUUGCUGAUAUUCUUCCUCUUCAUCGGGGUCAUCCUGUUCUCCAGCGCGGUGUACUUCGCCGAGGCCGACGACCCGUCGUCCAGCUUCAGCAGCAUCCCCGACGCGUUUUGGUGGGCGGUGGUCACCAUGACUACCGUGGGGUACGGGGACAUGCAUCCGGUGACCAUCGGGGGGAAGGUGGUGGGGUCUCUGUGCGCCAUCGCGGGCGUGCUGACCAUCGCCUUGCCCGUGCCGGUGAUCGUCUCCAACUUCAACUAUUUCUACCACCGCGAGACGGACGGGGAGGAGCACACGCAGUACCUGCACGUCAGCAGCUGCGAGCAUCUGCCCUCCGACGAGGAGCUGAAGCGGACGUGCAGCUCCUCGUCCCUCAGCAGGUCGGAGUACAUGGCGAUGGAGGAGGGCAUCCACAGCGCGUUCAGGCAGGCCAACUUCUCCAGCGAGAGCAGCCAGAACUGCGUCAACAUCAAAAAGAUCUUCACGGACGUGUAGAUGAAACCCCUC